CACUACACGAUACGACACAGGAUUGAUCCAUUCCUAGAACAGAAGCAACACACAACACAACCACCCCUGAUUGCUGUCCACGCCGCGAUGGCGGAGUCCACCCAUUCGUGGCCCGGCGGGUUUGGGUCUUCGUUCCCGGAAGCCUCGCUGUCGUCGUCCCCGCAUCCGUCGUGGAGGGCCAGGGACGCCGCCGACGCCCUCCUGGCCCGGCGCGGGCUCCGGUCCACGUCGAGGGCCGGAGAGGAUCCCGAAACCACAUCGGGCCUGGUCCUCUCGCGGUGCUACGACGUGGACACCUCCCUCGUGAGGCUCCGGCGCGACAAGAGCCCCAUCGUCCAGACGGCCCUGGACGCCGCGGCCUCGGCCGUUCUGGAAAACAUCUUCAAGGCGGACGACGACGAAAACGACGCCGCGGACGAAACGGGGGACGAGGCCUGCCGGGGGCUGCCCUCGCUGCUGGCCGACGUUGUUGCGCUCCAGGAAAUGAGGGUGGCCAGCAUGGAACGGGCCCACGCCAACAAGGACCUGUCGAAACGGAAGAUUGCCGUGGCGAAGGAACAGGAGAAGGAGCGGCGUCUCAAGCAGAAACGCGAGGAACAGGAGCAUCGGCAUCAUCAUCAUCAUCAUCAUCAUCAGCAGCAGCAGCAGCUCACCAAGAAGGAAGGCGGCAGCGGAGGAGAAACGAGCACGGGAAUCGAAGCGGCACCGGUUCCGGAUCCCGCGGUUUCCUCCGGUGCCGGAGCCACCCCGUCCGCGGUUCGUUCUUCGGAAGGGAACGGGGAUCGUCCGGGUGGAACCAAGGCCGGCCCCUCGGGUCCGUCCGGAGCCGCCAAGACGGAAGCCGGGCCCGGCGUCGCCCCCCGGAAGGAAACCAAUCCCUCGUCCUCCACAACCGCGGGGGCCUCCCCGCCCCGGUUCACCCGCAACACCCCCGCCUCCUCCGCCGCGGCCCUCGAGGCACGGCUGACGGGAUCCCGGGCCGUCCUCUGCGCCACCGCCAACGCCGCCUUUGGGGCGCUGACCCCGCCCCUCCCCGGGUGGGGACCCAUCGAUCUCUCCGACGUUCCGCAAAACCCGGCCGCGGCCGCCGUCACCGCCGCUGCCGGUGAGGGGGACGCCCCGAAGGAUGACCGCAAGAACGCCUUUGUGCCCAGCAUGGACAACGUGGUCGCCGAGUCCAGGAUUCUGGGACAGCGGAUCGAGAACAUCGCCACCAACGCGGCGAGGAGGUCGAGGCGGAGGUUCCGGUUCCGAAAGGACAACGUCCUGUUUGGUGGGAGGGACGAGGCCCAAGCACAGCCACCAACGCGCACCGGCAACCCGAACGGGGAACGAACGCCGAGCCAGAACGAGUCGGGCUUUCGAAUCCUCGAGAAUCCGUUUGCGUGGAACGAUCGAGAGGAAGACGAGGACGACCCAUUCAGCAAUGGAGGAACCCGACCGAUGCAAGUGGACGACAAUGCAUCCAUUGUCACUGCGGACAAUCUUUCGAGCGGGGGGAGCGGCAGCAACAUUACCGAAGCCUGGAGCAAGGGAUGCGUUCCAAGACUGUUAUCGAUAUUGCAGACGGGGGUAGGGAAUGCGAUCAUUCACGAUGCCACGUGGUCCACUCGGCACGAACGCAUCGCCUACCUGUUGCAGACAAUCUCGAGCCUACCCAAGGCGGACGAUGCAAGCGGCGGCAGCGACAGAAGCAAUCGSGUCGACGAAUACUUCGGACUUCAUCUGAUAGUAACGGUGGAUCCCGACGUAGACCGCUUCGCGAAGGAAUUCAAGACCGCCAAGAGCCACCUGCGGCUCAUGUCGACGGUCGACGAACGGUCCCUGCGGGCACUUCCGUACAGGGGGACCAAGGCAGAACGACGCAAUCUCCGCAAGCGGUUUCCACAAGCCACCGGCUUGCCGGAUGCAGCCUUUCACGUCGUCAUUGCAUCGUAUUCCGACUUCUUAACGGACUACAUCCACUUUUGCCAGACGCCCUUUGAGAUUGUGCUCAUGGACGACGGUGCGUCGUGGAUGGCUGCGGCACAGAACGAUCCAAACUCGCCGAUCGGUACGGUGUGGAACGAUGCACUCUUCAGCAAGAACGACCACCAGAUGGGGCUGGCGGGAUCGUUUCUGAGAGAUUGGGACUACGGGAAAGACAAGGUCGACGAGGAGGCGACAAAAGAAGCCUGGAUCGGCCUGACGGCACGGCACCGAUUGAUGACCUCGUCGAAACUCCGCAUCGAAAACUCGCGGAACUCGUCGGACCUGCUCCCCGUUUCCGGACUCUUGAGCUUUGCGGUGCCCCAUUUUGCCGAAGCGGUCCGGGAAGAAUGGGACAGAAGCCGGAUCGGCAACGACGCCGCAAGCAUGGGCCACUUUCGAAAGCUCCUGACGCGAUCGCUCGUGGUGCACGACCCAAGCAACGAUCCGGAAACACAGAGCGCCUUUGAGCUGGCCACGAAAUGCCUAAGGGGGGAACUGCCGGAACCCGUCCGGUACAGCGACGAUCCGGUGGUUCCGAAACAGAUCUCCGACGAGGACUUUGUGGCCGACGGAAAAGUGGCGAGCUCGCGUCGCUCUGCUCUGCAAUGGCUAGGAUCGCCGGAGGACUCCUGGCUGCGGUACGAACUGGGCUCCGUCUCUCUCGAGGCCAUCGUGACCGCCACGAAAGCCUCUCUCAACCACGGCCACAUCUGCGAAGAAAUUGCCACCGCUUCCUCGGUGACCACCGGUGCCACGGGACAAAUCGUUGGAAACCUGGCCUUCAAGCUGGCGGUCCGCUGCGGCAAGUGCUUUGGUUCCGAGCAGGGGCUGCGGCAGCACCUCUCCACCCACCACGCGCCACCCGGAACGUGGCUCUGCCGUACCUGCAAGGCAGACUGCGUAACGAGCCAGGCCCGAACCCACCACGAGCGUUCCUGCGGCCAGGCAAGUGCGGGGAGCGGCACGAAGAACGAAACGUCCGCGGCCGCCGCGGCCGGCUCGUCCAAGAAAGACACGGGCAAGAAAAAGGGAAAGGCCGCCAAGGGGGGCAGUUCGGGGGCCAAGGAAGAAAAGAACGCCGACGGCUCCCUCCGGGCCCCCUCCGCAACCGGCCUGGGAGGAGGGGUGGUCCCGGCCCUGUCCGUGAUCAACAUCAAGGACCUGCCGCCAGAGGUGAAGCCGCUGCUGCGCGAUCCCCGCCAGACAUCGCGAACCGGUGGGAACUCGAAGCGGCACGUGUAUGCCUACCGGGGAGUUUGCCGGCAGGCUAGAAAGGGGCACGAUCGCUGGCAGAGCCAGAUAUCUUUUCUGGGAGUGAAUCACUACCUCGGCACGUUCGAUUCGGAAUGGGACGCGGCGGCUAUCUAUGGUACGUCUAUUCGCAUAUCGCUUGUAUGAUACAAAAUCUCCAGACUGUGUUUUGUGCAUGGCUAACCCAUUCAUGUGUAUGUUGUGAUCACACCCAAACAGCAUGGGCGCAUCUUAUUCUGUACGGGGAAGAGGCGACCAAAAAAGCCCAGCAGGAGGGCGAGGAGGCUGCUGCGGCAUACGAACAAGAAAAGAAAGACAUUGCAGCCGGGAAAAUACCCGUUCCCCCACCCAAGCCCGACAAAAAGUCGAAACAGGCACCGAAAAGGAAAGCGGACGAGAAAGCGGGAUCCAAAAAGGGGRAAAAAGAUUCCGAAGAAGAUCCCGUGGCUUCUGGGAAGCGAAAGCCGGGGAGGCCCAAGAAAAACCCGGAGGAUAUUCCCACUAAACCACCGCCGGCGAAGRGGCAAAAAGCAACAGCGGGAAAAGAGGACAUUGCCCCCAUUCUGGCGAAAAGUGUUGGGAAGGCAACGAUUCUCGCACCGAUUCCAAAGUUUGCGGACAUGGGAGACGAGGAGCUGAUGAAGGAAGCCGCCGUCCGGAUCGUCGCCGCCCGAUCCGUGAACUACUGCGUCACGGAGGUGCAGCUCCCGGCUCCGAUCCACGUCGAUUUCCGGCCGUGCGUUCCCCGCAGGACCGGGCUGUACCACCAGAUGGGCUGCGCCCUGCUGGUGGGUCUCGACCCCCACCUGUUCGGCUGGGACAUCGAUUCGGUCCUCGCCAAGCAAUACUUUGGAUCCGACGCGGAACGAAAGAACGCCUCCCGGGCGCUCGYGGAAGAGUUCGGAAGCGACGGGCUGAACCAGCGCUUCCGGUGCCUUGUCCAGGGAAGCACCACGGUCCUCGGCUGCGCCGGUUCCCAUACGAAGCGGGUGUACGCGUCCCUCGGCCUGGGGUCCCCCCCGAUCGGGGGUCCCGUCGGCAGGAUCGACUGCAACACCGGGGGCGAGUCGAGGUGCUGCGGGGAAACCGCGGCGUGCAUACGCUACGUGCCCACCGACACGGGGGAUUUCCAGUUUUCGGCGCUGUCGUCGGACCUGAUCACGAUGAACGGCCAGCGGAUCACCCCGGAGAUGGGGAGCUUCCCGCUGUUCAACGAAGACAUCUGCACCAUCGGUUCUCGGGUGUUUGUCUUUUUGCUGCCGAGCGAUGCCUAAACCACCCUAUUCAUACGCAUUAUACUAGAACACACGAAA